UUUAUUCAUCGGUAUAUUUUAAAAAUGAGACGGUAUAUUUCGGAGGAUCUCAGAGUGCGCGUAAAACAACAAAAUAUGUCUUUAUUAGUGUUAUCAGUGUUUAUCAUAGCUACCAGCUGUAAUUGAGGCGUGUCAUCGCAAGGAUUCCUCCGGCAACUCGAGCUGCUGUCCACUUUCAGGACGACCCAAACAACAGCCGGCAUAGUUUGUCUGUGCGAUCCACCCAGUCGGUACCCUGCAUCCGGUCGAACUAGAAUGUUGUGUAGAGGUUACCCCCCUUCCCGUCGUUGGGAUCGAGGCCUUGAAGGACUCAUCAUACAUAGCCGUCUCUGCCGCAGGAGACUUAACGUGAUCUUAUCGGGUCAAGGCUUUGUUCAACUCAUAAAUGUACCUGGGGAACAGGUAUACCUUGCUGUGACCAGGAUCUGCUCUUUGGUAUUUCUCCAAGUAGGCCUGGCCAACGAAAUGGCACCACAAGACCAUUAAGCCCGAAACCAGUUGGCUUGGUGGAUUUAGAGCUACAUUUGUGACAAAACCCUUGCAUUCGAGCACUUGGGAAAAGCUUAAUGCCAUACCCUGCGGCAGUAAUAUGGUGAAGCCGACCGAAGGCGCUACGAACAGUAGCGAUAAAAUAAGUACUGCCAUAGCUCUGCGCUCCUUACAGAUGCCACUGUCGCCAUGUGGGAUGAGAGGCCCCAUGGCAGCCCCACCAUCCAGGAUAUAUUCUAUGUGAAACUGUGCAUAUUCCAGUUUGUAUUCGAAGCCCUAGCCGAAAUGGUUAUCAAUCAGAUUUCGGAUCAGAGAGAAACCACAGUAAUGGUGGCCUCAGACUGCGCUAUGGCGCCCAGGGCAUCAGUGAGACAGAGCUAAAGAAGGCUGCAGCAGCAGCGAGCUCAUCUCAGUCCUAAUCAAGGAUCGGAAGUACUUUCAGAGUCUGGUUGGCCAAUAUGCGAUGUGACCAAUGACAAAGAACGCUCGGAUGAGUACACAAGCAAAUACACAGAGCUAAAAUUCUCGCAGUUUGCCAUUAGCUUGUAUCUUCGGCAGCAGCGUCAUGGCUAGGUAUUCGAGCGCUUCAAGGGCAACCAGUUAGCACUGGCGCAACUCAUGCGCGACCAUCCAUUGCUGGUCUGGUUUCAGCUGAUAUUCAACGGCACCUACGACCGGCGGCAAAGCUCAUGUCGCAAAUUAGAUUAAUACUGAUCUAACGCUCAACGAGUGUCAGUUGUAGUUGACUCUUGGCCUUGACCCAGUAGCACAGAAAGUGCUCAAACCUUAGGAUAUAAUUGAUGUAAGUCUGGACAGACCAUUAGGUCUAAAAAUCAUUGAAAUCUCGGAGCUUAUGCCUCAAGCUAGCACACUGUCGAACGCGGAGCUGCCGGCGAAAGUAUCUGAAGUGUGGCGAACGGAGAGGAAGCCCUCUAAGUGUUGGGUUGGCGCAACUUUACAGUCGAGUCGCCGUGGGCCACUGGCCCCUCAUCAGUUCAGCUUCGAUCAUGACGGACGAAACAACGCCACUCACCGCCGCCGUAGCCAGUGGCUCUGGUUAUGUGGCGCUGCCUCCUUAUCAAGGACCAGAACACGUAUUUCCAGGCGGUGUCUCACCGCGUUCGCGUCGCAGCAAAAUGAAACAGUUCCAGUGUUGCAUUGGAAUUACAUUCAUAGUCAUUGUGUUCGUCGCCUUGGGCCUGGCCCUGUUGUUUGACGACUCGCUCAGCAACACAGAUGGUGGUCCCAGCUUUUUCUUGGCCAUAAAUGGAACAGACAUGGAGCUACCACCGACGACACCAAUUCCAGAUGAGCCGGAAGCGGAUUGGGCCCUAAAACAGGCGGCUGUCGAUCGUCAUGAGGGCGCCCGUUCAGUUAGUGUCGGCAUCAAGGCGCUGGGGGAUCGUGAGAUAUUGGAGGAAGGCCUACAGCCGAAUGAGGUCAACACGCCAGCUUUCCGGCACUAUCGUUCCCUGAGCACCAAUCCAGAGGCUCGGAAACUGGCCCGUCGUGGUUACGUAGAGAACCAGGCGACUAUGGACAUUGCCCGAAGAUUCAACUACACCAAACAGCCGGGUCGAAGUAAUAUUGGCUGGGGCCCGCAGAUCGUGCUGCCGGAUCCCACGGUGCUUCGGUUGGACUGUGACUUCAAUGCCCGCUACAGGCGAUCUACUGGCGUCUGCAACAACAAAGAUCAUCCGCGCACAUUUGGAGCUUCGAUGGUGCCCUACCGCCGCAUGGUGGCACCGGACUACUCCGAUGGCAUUGCAGCUCCCAGGACCAGUCAUGAUGGACACCUGCCACCGGCACGCCUAGUCUCCCUGAAGAUUCAUCGUUCCAGCUACGAGACGGACUCAAACUUCACCGUGAUGCUGGCGGUCUUCGGCCAGUUCAUGGACCACGACAUCACCGCCACAUCGCUGACCACCUCCCAAGAGGGCGAGUCGAUCAACUGUUGUGCGGCUGCCACACGCGAACAGCAUCCAGAGUGCUUUCCCGUGGAGAUACUCCCCGACGAUCCCUACUACAAGCGGUACAAUGUCACCUGCAUGAACUUUGUUCGCUCUGCGCCGGCGCCCAUGGGCAGAUUCGGGCCGAGGAUGCAGCUGAACCAGGCCACCGCAUUCAUUGAUGCCUCUGUGGUGUACGGCAACCUGGAGCAGCGGCAGAACCAGCUUCGCAGCUUCAUCAACGGCACGCUGCGCAUGUUCCUAACUGACGACGGACGAGAGCUGCUUCCGAUCUCGUCCAAUCCUUCAGAUGGCUGCAAUCGCGUCCAGAUGACACGACAGGGCAAGUACUGCUUCGAGUCUGGCGACGAUAGGGCCAACGAGAAUCUGCUGCUCACCUCCAUGCACCUGCUUUGGGCCAGGCACCACAAUAAUCUGGCUCGAAGCCUGCACGAAGUGAAUCCCCACUGGGACGAUGAGCGGAUCUACCAGGAGGCCCGUAAGAUUGUCGGCGCACAGAUGGCCCACGUCACCUACAAUGAGUUCCUGCCGGUGCUGCUCGGCAGGAAUCUGACUCGGGUCAAGGGUCUGCUACCGGCCAGCCACAAUCUCGACGAGCCGGAUACAUACGAUCCCCAGGUGGAUCCCAGCAUUGCCAAUUGCUUUGCUGCGGCCGCCUUCCGGUUUGCCCACACCCUGCUGCCGGGUCUGUUCAAUUUUUCUCGAGACAAUAGUACGCCCGAGGCAAUAGAGCUGCACAAGAUGCUCUUCAAUCCUUUCUCGCUGUGGAAUGAGCACGGCAUUGACCACGCCCUGAAUACAGCUGCCAAUACGCCAGUGAUGCGCGUGGAUCGCUUCUUCUCUCUGGAGGUCACCCAGAAACUGUUUGAAGGCAAUCCCGACGAUCCGGUUCCACUUUGCGGUCUGGACUUGGUCUCGCUGAACAUUCAGCGUGGUCGCGAUCACGGCAUACCCGCCUAUCCGGUCUUCCGGCGUCACUGCCGCCUGCCCCCGGUGGACACCUGGGAGCAGAUGGCCCAGGCCGUUGACAACGCCACACUGGCGUCCAUCAAGCAGAUUUAUGAAUCACCGCAGGAUGUGGAUGUCUAUACGGGAGCCGUCAGUGAGCCACCGCUCGAGGGUGCCAUCUUUGGUCCGCUGUUGAGUUGCAUGGUCUCCGACCAGUUUCUGCGCCUCAAGCUGGGCGACUCCCACUGGUACGAUCGGAAAAUGGGACCCCAGAGGUUCACCAAAGGACAACUGACGGAGAUCUACAAGACAAGUCUGGCCGCCAUCAUCUGUCGAAAUUCGGAUGGAAUAACGCGAGUUCGAGAGCGUGUCAUGGAGCGUCAUCGAAUGGAUGACAAUCGCUACGUCAACUGUCAGGAUUUGGCUGGCUUCAACUUGAAUCUCGAGCCCUGGUCAGAGGCCAAGCAGUCGCCAGAGCUCCACAGGACGAGUUUCAGUCGGUCGGACAAGGCGGUGCGGGUAAUAUCAAAGGAGUCGAAGGGAGCAAAUGUAUGAGGUUUAUUAGGCUCGGCUAAAAACCCAUAACAUUAUUGUAUGAAAAAAUGCCAAAUAAUUGUGAAAAUCCAAAACGAAUCUGCAGUUUCCGGGCAUACC